GAAAUAAAACAUUUAUAGUUAUAUAUAUACACACAUAUAUCACCCAGAGAGAGAGCUAUUGUGUCUCUUAUUACAUGAAUUUCUGUCACUUACGAGGAAAAAAAUGGAGGCGACACCUAAUAUAGUUUCUCUCUCUCCGAGCUUCAACAACUACUCAUCCUCCACCGGAAAUCUCACCGACAUCGCCGCCCGCGUCGUCAGCGAGCUCCGCCGGGAGAAUAGCGGCUCCGACGCCGCUUUCUUCCUCGACGAAGAAGAAGACGACCAUAUCUGGUUCCAUGCGGAGCUAGAUCAGAGACGUCCACAUCGUGAUCAUCAUGACCAUCACGAUCAUCGCGAUGGUCGUGAUGACGGUGAUGAAGAGGAUGAUGGAGAUGAUGAGUUUGAAUUUGCUUUCGUAUGCAGAGAAUCCGCGUCGUCACCGAUCUCCGCCGAUGAGAUCUUCUACAAUGGCCAGAUCAGGCCGGUUUAUUAUCCUCUCUUGGGCAAGAGCUUGCAGCUUCUAGAAGAACACGGCCUUAAGAGCUCUCGAAACGACGUCGUCGCCGUCGCCGCCGCCCGGGCGAACAAGGAAAAUGACAAGAACACCCCUCCGGCGCCACCGCGCCGCCGGCAACCGCUGAGGAAGCUGAUGGUGGAGGAAGAGAGGGAAACGACGACGUCCUGCUCGUCGUCAGAGACCGACGAGCUCGACGGCCUACAGCACGGGACUUUCUGCGUGUGGACGCCGAGGAACGGCGACAGCGGUGCCGCCACCGGAGGAGGGAAGAAGAGCAAGUCGACGGGAUCGUCGAAGCGGUGGAAGUUUGGGGACCUUAUAAGUCGGGGCAACAGCGACGGGAAGGACCGUACUAUUUUGGUUAUAGCUCCGAGCAAGAAAGCCUCGAAGGAGGGUAAGGCCACCGGAAAUGGAACGGCGACGAAGACCGAAGUGAAAAACGAGGUCGUUUUCGCGGCAGGGAAAGUGGGAAAGGCAGAAGAGCACAAGAGGAAGACGUACAAGCAGGAUUUUGUGGGGUUUUUGGCAAAUGUCCAUGGGUUGAGCAGGAAUUUGCAUCCAUUUUGAGAUUAGGGUUUUAAUUCCAUAAAAAGAUAAACGUAAUUACUUUGUAUAAUCUAGAUAUGUUAGCGUUAAAGAAAAAAAGAAAGAAAAAUAGUUAGGUUGCUUAGUGAAUUCUAAGGUUAAAAGGGUAAUGAAUGUUUUUUUUUUUUAAAUUAAUCUGAAUUUUAUCAAUGUUUGCGUGAUGUAAUUAUUCAGAAUUUUGUAUUAUCAGCGAGUGUUUUCACUACAGAUAAAGUGAUGACUAGGGACCAUAGUUUGUACAUUCGAGCUAUAAAAUAUUAGAAAAGGAAAAAAAAAAAAAAGGAACUUUGGAUGGAGGUUUUAAUUAA